GUCGUCGUCGUAGCAUUACCGAUUUGCCUAUACCUGCCAUUGGUUCACCAGCGCUAUUGUACCGCCGUGGUAUAUUACGGCUUGCUGACGAAUUGACAGAACUCAGUGUACGCUAACGCUUCCUUCCAUGUGCAUACACAAUAGCCGGAGUUCUCUAGUUACCUACAAAACUUAAGUUGCGCGCUUGAUGAAAUCGGCGGAAAAAUAAAUUCGCGAAUCGCUUCGAGUUUUAUUUCGACCAUGUAAAUUGGAUCGUUUCAUUCGUUAAUUUAUAAUAUAUUUCCACGAUAGUGAAAAUUAACAGUCUGCGAAAUUGUGAUGUCACCGGUCGUGUCUCGAUGUGUGAUGAUAAGACGCGUUUGCAGUUGGGUUAUUAAUUUUUAUCGUAUGAAUCAAGUUCUUUGUUGACACUUGAUAGGACGAAGGUUGGUGGCAAUGAUCGUUUUGUUUAACGAUCGACAACAGUGAAUUAAGUUUUGGUUGAUAUUUAAGAUAAAGAUUAUAACACCAGUGUUAUUACGUGAUAAGGUUUAAUUGAUAAGAUCCUGAGUGAGUGAAUAUCUAAUCGUAUAACUUAAAGUGCGCUUUCGAAGGCCUAGAUUAUAACGAGCAAAGUUCUCUACAUGAAACGUCACUAUUUUGUUCAACAAAUGAACACCCGUCAGAGAGUUGACCCAGAAGGGGUAUCCACGAUUAGUGACAAAACUAAAAACGGUGGGUCAAAAGGAAUGGCUAAUAUUGCAUUUGAAGGAAUUGACGAAGUUGGAGGCACUAUUUAUGGUCCUCCAGAUUUUGGAAUAGUGAAUAUCUAUCAGAAAACAUCCGAGCGUUCACCUGUUGGAGGUAAAGCGCUGUACAGUGGCGGCGAUGAUAGAAGUGAUAAUGGAAGUAAUGUGACAGCCUCCGACGAUGAUAGCGACAUAAUUUCCGAGUAUAUCGGACACUACGGCUGGUGGCAGUUCUUCUGGACUUUUUUGCUGUGUUUGUUCCAGAUUCCGACAACUUUUCAUAUAUUCUGCUUGGUGUUUCAGGCUGCCGCUCGCGACUACUGGUGCGCUCGCCCCGCUCAUCUACGCGCAAUACCACUGGAGCUGUGGCGCAACCUGACGCAACCGGACGGGGGUCGAUGUUCGCUCGUGAACGCACCCUAUCAUCAGUUGACCGAGCUGAACUUCACCAAUUAUUUUCUAACGGUAAAUGCGUCCUCCCUGGAGCGGGUCAGCUGCAGCGGGUACGAAUUCGAUGCGCGCAUUUUUGGCCCUACCAUUAUCAGCGAGUUCGGUUUGGUCUGCGACAGGGACCACAUGAACAGCAUCGUGGAAAUGUGCUUCCUUGCUGGAGCUGCGAUGGGCAGCGUAGGAAGUGGAUGGAUAUCGGACCAAUUUGGUCGGCGACACACGCUUAUGGCUUUCGCAACUAUUCAAGCUGCAUCAGGCUUUUUCCUCGGUUUUGUCAAUUCACUGGAAAUGUUUAUGGCGGCACGUGCAGUUCUUGGAUUUGCUUCAAUGUCCGUUACCGUGGUUAGUUUCGUGCUGGUCGUGGAACUUGUUAGCGGUAAACCCCGAACGGUAAUCGGCAUUCUCAAUAUUCUGCCCGUGGCGAUCUCCUACAUGCUUACUGCGGGAAUUGCGUUCUACAUUCGAGAGUGGAGAUCUAUGCAGUUUGUCAUUACUACUCCUGGGGCUGUGCUGCUUCUGAUGUGGUACUGGUUACCGGAAUCACCCCGCUGGCUGCUGGCUAAAGGUAAAAUCGAAGAACUCAAGCGCCUCAUCGAUACAGCAGCAAAGAUGAACGGACGAUUGUUACCUUUGAACUAUGAAAAAACCCUAAGCAGCCCUAAUUCCGAAUGCAGCAAAGAUGUGGUGUCCGUUUUCGAUCUGUUCCAGAGAAAAAUCGUUCGAACGACGGUGAUAAUGCUGAUCACAUGGUUCGCUGUCGUGGUGCUAUACUUUGGCAUUACACUUCAUCUCAGCAACCUGGGCGGAGACAUUUAUUUGAAUACGGUCCUUGCAGGUGCUGUUGAAUCGAUCGCAAUCUGCCUGAGCAUCGUGGUCGUGCUAAAGCUCGGAUUACGGGUUAAUUUAUUCCUGUACAUGGCAGUUGCUGGCUUGUCGUGCAUUGUGAUGAAUUUCGUUCCGGACGGCAAUCUUUGGAUUAUUAUUUUGUUGGCUAUGAUAGCAAAAUGUGCUAUCGGUGCCUGCAAUGCAAUCAUUCCGACGUUCACGGCCUACCAGUAUCCAACGACGAUGAGGAACCUUGGUGUUGGCGCUGGCAAUUUGGCCGCUGGGAUCGCGCUCAUUCUCGUGCCGUAUCUGUGGUUACUUGAACAUACGAACCAAUACUUGCCGCUGACGGUAAUGGGAGUAUGUAGCGUAAUCGGUGCUGUAUCCCUGCUGGCACUGGACGAUAAGUCCAGCAAGAAACACCAACGGCAGCGCAGUGGAAGUGAAAGUGUGGCCAGUGUUAUCACGACAUCCGCCGACGAUCAAACAAGGCGCAUUGACAAACAUUUUCCGAAAGACAGCAAUGAAGCUGGUAUAACCAACAUUGGAUUCACACAAAACGAGAGCAUGUUUCUGUAAGAUACGGUAUGGAUAUGAAUUUCUUUAACGUUAUGGACUAAGCGUCAGCUUUUCCAGAGCAGGGCAGAAAUGGGUGGUUUCUCAAGCACAGGUUGAGCACAGCGGUUGUUUAUUAGCGUAGGUUCUUGCGUUAGAAAUGCGUUGUUUGAAAUUGAAGCUCGUCGAAAAUUGACACUUUGAACCUAGAUUUAGUAUCACCUCACAACAACUGUACAAUUUAGGUGAUUUUAUCACAUUAAUAACAAUUUGCAGUUUGCAAAUUUUGUCGAAUUGAACUAAUAAUACAUUAUUUCAAAAGUUAGUUACAAAGCUAAUGUACAAUUCCUAAAUACAAAGUGUCAAUUUUUGCGGAUUGUUUUCAAUUUUAAUAUUGCUGAUUGCAUGAAAAAUUUUACAUUCGAAAGUGUGCAAUCGCUCAUAAAAGUACUAUUUUAGAUUGAAUCGCUUCGGUAUCUUCGGAGCACUUUUUCGUUACAUUCCAAGCAAUAAGUGCGUCGAAGACACUGAAACGAUUCAAUCUAAAAUAGCACUUUUAUGAGCGAUUGCGCACUUUUGAAUGUAAGAUUUUUCUUGCAAUCAGCUGUACAGCUAAACUGAUUUAAGAUUCAAGUAGUCGUCAUUGAGUUUUUGAAUAGUUUGAAUAAUUCUGCUUAUGAAAAUAUAUUCACUGCAUUGUUUCUACCUAUCAGAAUCAGAACACAAUAAAUUUUUGUAUACAGAAUUAUUAUUUUGAGCAUUAAAACUGCCUUUGUGAUCCAAAAAUUUAAUGACGACUCUUUGAACCUUAAAAGCUAGUGCACAGAAACAAUUUCAAAAUGUAAGAUGCCUCAUUUAUGUAUAAAACUCCACAUGAUACAAAGUACAAGUGAAUUAAGUUGGGAUGAUAGUAUUCGUAGCCUUUUCGUCAUACAUAGCAUAUUUAUAUCAUCUCACAACAGUAAUAUGUUAAGAACAAUUUUGUUUUUCGAAUAGAUUUAAGUUGUGCUCUCCGUCCACAGCAGUGUAGCGAGUGUUCAAUAAGUCGUAGUAUAAAGCUGUAGUAAUCAGUGAGGAGAAUUUCAUUGAAACGAAUUAAAAACUUGUAUAAAUAACUACU